AUGGCAGGCUCGGGGAGCUUGGUCCUGCGGCCCUGGAUUCGAGAGCUGGUCCUGGGGUCAGAUACACUCUCAAGUCCGCAGGCGGGGCAGCUGCUAGAGGUACUACGAGAGGCCGAGGCUCCGGGCCCGUCCCGCGCCCCUGACUCGUCUGAUGUCGCGGCCACACUGCUUGUGUCUGAUGGGACCCACAGUGUCCGAUGCCUAGUGACGUGGGAGACCCUGGACGCCUCGGAUUGGGAGGAGAAGGAGUUCGGCUUCCGAGGGGCAGAAGGCCGGCUGCUGCUGCUGCAGGAUUGUGGGGUCCGCGUCCAAGUCGCCGAAGGCGGCGCGCCCGCGGAGUUCUACCUCCAGGUGAACCGCUUCAGCCUGCUGCCCACUGAGCAGCCCCGGGAACGGGUGAUUGGUUGCAACCAAGACCCGGAUGUGCAGAAAAAGCUCUAUGACUGUUUGGAGGAGCACCUUUCAGAGUCCAUCUCCCCCAGUGCAGGCCUUUCACUGUCCCAACUUCUGGAUGAGGUGCAGGAGGACCAGGAGCAUCGGGGGGCAUUAGUGCACCUGGCUGAGAGCUGUCUGAUGCUGGCAGGCCCUUACACAGCACCCCCUCUUACCCGCUGGGCCUCCUCCCACCAUAGGACCACGGGAGAAGCUGUGUACACUGUCCCCAGCUCAUGGCUGCACAUCUCUGAGAAUGACCAGCGAGUUCUGAGCUCUCUGGGUCCAGGUCAGAGGACACAGGACCCUGAGCUGCCCCCAUCAGACCCAGCUCUGGAAGACCUAUCGCUGACCCUGAUCUCUCCUUCCUCACCUACGUCCUCAGGAACCCCUGCUUUACCCGGCCACAUGUCCUCUGAGGAAAGCGGUGCCAGCAUCAGCCUUCUGCCUGCCCUGUCCUUGGCUGCUUCAGACCCAGUGCAGAAGGGCAGCUCCCGGCCUGUGCCAGCCAUCUGUUCAGCCCCUGGCCCCCUGCCCCCCAGUUCCAUACACCCUAGCCGUGGACCCAGAUCCCCACUCCUGAGCUGCACCCCAAGUCUCUCACCCCUUGGUCAUGUACCCAGUCCACGUCAGGCCAUUGUGACCAGGGCACAGAAACCUAGCUUGGAGUUCAAGGAGCUAGGAUUGCCCCCCAAGAACCGGCAACACUCUCCAAGGACAAAAACGACCACAGGAGCCCUGGAGUCCAGCCCUGUUGGGGACCCUCCAAAGAAGCAUCGUGAUGGUUCUGCCUUCCAAUAUGAGUAUGAGCCACCCUGCACCUCCCUCUGUGCCCAGGUGCAAGCUGUCAGGCUUCCUCCCCAGCUUGUGGCCUGGGCCUUGCACCUUCUGAUGGAGCCACAGCUGGAGUCUCAGCUCACCCAGGUGUGA